GCGCCGCCAGCUCCCCGCGCGACCUUUCUCCUGCAUCGGCGGUGACGCGGCGGGCGCGCGCGCGCCCCCUCCCCGCGCGCGGCAAGAUGGCGGCGCUGAGCAAGUCCAUCCCCCACAGCUGCUACGAGAUCGGGCACACCUGGCACCCGCGCUGCUCCUGGGCCGUGCUGCACGUCACGCAGGGGGCGCUGACCGAGUCCCUGCGCAUCUACGGCACCCUCUACCUGAUUGCAGCUAUUCUCAGGAAACGAAAACUUGACUAUUAUUUGCACAAACUGCUACCUGAGAUCUUGCAAUCAACUUCCUUUCUGACAGCAAAUGGGACCUUGUAUAUUGCUUGCUUUUGCAUUCUAAGGAAGCUGCUUGGGAAAUUCUACUUUUGGUCUCCUGGCUUUGGUGCUGCUUUACCAGCUUCUUAUAUGGCUAUUCUCAUUGAAAGGAAAAGCAGGAGAGGUCUGCUCACAAUUUACAUGGCCAAUCAGGCCACAGAAACAUUGUUUCGAAUGGCAGUUUCAAGAGGAGCUAUUACACCUUUAAGACACGGAGAAGUCCUUUUGUUCUGCAUCACAGCUGCUCUGUUCAUGUUCUUUUUCAGGUGCAAAGAUGGCUUGAAAGGAUUUACAUACUCUGCACUAAAGUUCAUCGUAGGGAAAGAAGAAAUCCCCACUCAUUCAUUUUCACCAGAAGCAGCAUUUUCAAGAAUAGAUAGAAAGAUAAAGCGUUGUGAAAAAAUACCACAGCCAAUGAACAUACUGGCUCUAACAAAAAAACUCAUGGACAAAGUGUGUAAAUAUGGCCCUAGGCAUCGAUGCUGUAAACACUAUGAAGAUAAUUGCAUCUCAUAUUGUAUUAAAGGCUUCGUUCGAAUGUUUAGCAUCGGUUACCUGAUCCAGUGCUGCCUCCGGAUCCCUUCCACGUUCAGGCAUCUCUUCACUGAACCUUCCCGGCUCCUUUCACUCUUCUACAAUAAGGAAAAUUUCCAGCUUGGAGCUUUUCUGGGAUCUUUUGUCAGUAUAUACAAAGGUACUAGCUGCUUUCUGCGCUGGGUACGAAACCUAGAUGAUGAGCUGCAUGCGCUAGUAGCUGGGGCUCUAGCAGGAAUUUCUAUGAUGUUUUACAAAAGUACUACUAUUUCUAUGUACCUGGCUUCCAAAUUAGUAGAGACUAUAUAUUUCAAAGGCAUUGAAGCAGGGAAAGUUCCCUAUUUUCCCCAUGCAGACAGCAUCAUCUAUGCCAUCUCCACAUCGAUAUGCUUCCAGGCAGCUGUGAUGGAAGUUCAAAACCUGCGACCUUCAUACUGGAAAUUUCUUUUACGACUAACAAAGGGCAGGUUUGCUCUCAUGAAUAGGAAAGUUUUAGAUGUAUUUGGUACUGAAGCCUCUAAGAACUUCAAGGAUUUCACACCUAGGCUUGACCCAAGAUACACUGUUGUCCCACCAGAGCUACCGCUUGAGCUGUCUUGAAAAUGAUAGUGUAUCUUGUCGUUAUGUGUGAUCAGCGUCUUGUCCUGAAAAGUUAAUUAACUUAACAGUCGUGUAUAUGGAGGAGUGGUUGGGCUCCACUUCAGUAUUAUUUCAAUGAGAAAUGCUUUUUACCAAUCAGAAACACUGAAGCUUUGUAGGAAAGUGUGGCUUAAUGAUUAAGCCCCUUCCAUACAUAAAAAAUAUUUCUGGAUUACUGUAGGUGGUUGACAGUAUGGUAGAUUCCUGAGUGAAUUAAAUCAGUGAGUAAUAUAUCUAGAGAAGAGAAGUAAAAUGUAUGUAAGACAUAAAUAUGCAUAAUAAUUUCAAAAACUGUAUCUCAUACCAGUAGAAUAUUUCUUCGUCAAACUAAAAGUAAUUCCGAAAUUAGAAAGGAAGAUGUGUUGCAUAGUUUAGGUCCAGAAUUUUACCUGAUCUUAAAACUAUUGCAGUCCGGUGAAAAUGUCACUUCGGCUUUCUAAAUUAUAUCACUGAUUUUUCUUAAAAGAGCCGCUGCCUGCUCUAUUUAAAAUGACAAAAUAUUUUUACCUGGCUAUGGUGGCAAAAGAAGGCAUUCCUUAGUUAAAAAUAAAAUAAAAUAAAAUAAAGGCAUAUUCGUAAAGCACAUUCCAGGGCUGAAAAUCCCACUGAUGUUGUGGAUAACGGACAAGGAAACAUAAAAAGGCCAGGGCAGUGCCGCGGGCGCCCUGAGGAGCAGCAGGGUGGGGUAGGCAGCAUCUGCCAAGUGGAAAAUGGCAAAACAGGCGGAGGAAGGAAUGAACCGUUCCCGCCUCGGAGAUGGCGCUGGAAACAGCAGACGGUUACAAAAAUAAAGGAAGCCAAGAACGAAACGAAAAAACCCAAAAUAUACUGAAAUUAAAUGUUUAUUUUUAAAGGGCUCGACGGCGUCUUUUUGGAUGGGGUUGGCGUGUUUGUCAGGCUGCAGUACCAGCCGGCGUUUCCAGUGGCCUUUAGAAGGGAACUGACCCGUGAGGUUCAACUGUUACAAGUAAACAGUUUUGGCAGUCGUAUUAAUAGUUUUUUUUCCUUGUCCUCGGUGCAGGAUGGUUUUCCGUUGGUCUGUCGUACAGCCACGGCUGUGACAAUUACGUUAAAUUUAAUAUGAUGCUCAAUGCAAAUAAAUACCUACUCAAAUUCCAUCUCAUUUUUACACUGCAGAUGUCUACAGAUAAUAGUUUGUGCACUAAAGUGAGACCUUGACAUGCUAAUUGCCUUUUGGGGGGGUGUUUUGUUGUUUUGUUUUUUAAUAAAGUCCAUUCAGGUCAUGCUGAAUGAUGUUUAUUACCCUAGCAUCUUAAUGAAAAGCUGAACUGUACUCACAUGCAACUAAAAAGACGCACGAUAAGCCUGGGAAUGGAAGUUACAGUACGUUGCAUGUAUUUUAAAACGGAAAAGAAGAAGAAAACAGAAGUUUUUAUGCUCAACGUUUUUCUCAGAUAAUGUGAAUUGGAUUAUUUAAUGGAAUCUUUGUCUUGUAACUGUAAUCCUACCCCAGCCUUAAUCCUGCUUUAAUUCUUAGUAGUCUAAUUUCUUAUUCCUGAAUGUGCAGUAAUUUUUAUCAGAUUUACAGAGAUGUCGUGAGAAUUGUACCAGUCUGUGCACAAAAUCUGCUUCUUCAUCAGCUACUGCAACGAUGAUGCUUUAUCAUUGUUACUAAAGGUGCUUUAUUAAAACAGCAGCUGUCCAAGUUAGUGCGAAUAAACUUUUGCAAGUUACUUUGUAUGCAAUAUUUUAUUGCUUGAGAUAUUAAAUUAAAAUUCCUCAAAAGGAAAUAAAAGUUAAUUCCAUAAGGACCUUAAAAAGAUUGUAAUACGUUUGUAGUGUUUUUCCACUGGAAUAUGGUCUAAAAUAUUUGACCUUGUAAAGUCCGAGAAGUAUAUAUUUUAGGUGAUAUGUUAGAAAUUAUGCAGUAUGUUAUAAAUAGUUUCUAGUGUAACUAUUUACCAUUCCGAAACUUCAAAAUAUUUUAUAAAUGGAUUAAUUUUCUUCACUGGAAUGACAAUUUGAUUGUUUCUGUGUUUGAGUUAAAACAUGCAAGUGCUAUAUCUCAGCAGCUAAACAACAGUUUUGUCUAAGUGUUCUUGUUUCCAAAAGCCUUGUUUCCGGUUAUUUUCGUGUAAUAUAAGAAAUAAAACAUUUUAAAUUAUUUUUAUUCAGAUCAAGUAUAUGUAAGAAAGAAAAAGAUAAAGUCCUGAUGUUUUUUCCCCGAUAAUAAACAGUUGCUGCUU